AUGAUCAACCCUCAAGACAGAUUCUGGUCCAAAGGCCAGAACUACCGCGGCCCGAGCGAAAAGCCCACCACCGAAACAUAUUGCAACGUCUGGGACUGGGAUCAACUUCGGAUGGUCAAGGUCAAAGGCACCGCCAAACUAUUCCCGCCCGAAGAGGAUAGGGAGCUCUCGAUUUUGGCGCGAUUCGCCGAUUAUCUAUCGCCGGAAGUUCGCGCUAUCACAGUCGACGACGAUGGGCUCCUUACCGGGGUUUCGACAGACCUGGAAGAGGAUGAUACUCUAUUUCUUGCAUAUAUUCCUUUCUCACUCUGUGAAUCGCUGGACAAUUGCCGUACAAUUCAGUACUCUAAGCUCCAAGAGCUUGACCGGCUUGGACCGUGCAUUGAGCUUGUAUCGUACGAAAACGAAUCCAGGAUUCCCCAAAAGGUUGUUUUCAAGUUCAACGUCUUGAACAAGCCUUUGAGAAUGCAAAUGGCCUGGGAUGAACUCAACAUUCUCAAGAGUCUACCGCCACAUCCUAAUAUAAUACCAUUCGAUCGCGUUGUUCUUGAAGACCAGGAGUCCCGGGUGAUUGGGUUCACAACGAAGUACAUCCCUGGAGGAACUCUCGCCAAUUCAAAGAUCCCUUUUCGAUUCGAGUGGCUACAACAGCUUACUCAAGUCGUGGAUUUUUCAACCUAG